AUGUCUUCCAUGACGUUAUCGGUUCAAGUUCUUCUCGCAAUUACAAUUCUUUCUCCUAACCUCAUACAGGCUCUUGGAAUUUCCCGACACAGAGACAGUUUAUUCGCUGCCAGAGCUAUGGACUCUCCUAUCAUUGAUAGUGUUCCCUGUACAAUCCCAAAAUUCGUUGAACGUCUACCAACAGGAAUCAGAGAGAAGAUUCAAGGCAUUUGGAAAGAUUAUGAUGGCGAUUCUGACUGUUGGCUUGAGCUGGCGCGUACACGUAAUGCCCUUCAGCUGCUGUCACCAGAACAACGAGAACAGAUGGCCAAAGAGAAAGAUGAUUGUAAACCUCCAGAUGUAGUUGAAGCUUUGCCACCAAGAGCUCAAAAAAGAAUUUUGGAAAUAUGGAAAGAUCGCGAUCCAACUGGUGAUUGUUGGCAGCAACAACGUAAAACUAGACUGAUACUUCUGAAUUUGCCAGCAUCCCUCAGAUACUUACUACACCCUCCAGCCUUCGAAUGUGCCGUCCCCCACUUUAUUGAUCGUCUUGAAUGGGACUUACAGAUUCAACUCAGACGUAUAUGGGAUGGUUAUAAGAUAGGAGAUUCUUGCGCUGAGAGAGUCGAUCAACAGUUAUCAUUGUUAGCUGAACAUGAAAUAUCAUUAGAAUCGUUCCAAAUGCCACCUCCUUCCUUAUUCAGACGUUAUGAGCUCUUACGAAAACUGAAGCGUGCUAGUAGAGCUUGA